GACUUGAGUUGUUUGUGAUAUCGGCUCAUGUAGGUAUACCUUAAUAGAGGCGGCAAGAUAAAGCCUGUGACGACGUGUAAAAACAUCUGCGAAAUCAGUCACAGCCAUUCAGUGCAAGUUCCCGCCCAGUAGAGAAAGCACGCACAUUUUUACUACGGCCUUCGUUGAAGAGCAUCCGCCGCGGCUGUGGGAGGCAAGUGCUGCCGCCGGGUUUACCUACCGGAGAAAUAGGCCCAAGCGCGCUCUCGGCCUGGUGCUCAACCAUUACGGGACCUCAACGCUUGGCGAUGGUUCCCAUACUCGGCUACUGGAACGUCAGGUCCCUGGGACAACCUAUCCGCAACUUGCUCAUCUACAAGGCAGUCGAGUUUGAGGACAAACAGUACGAAAUCGGUCCCCCGCCCGUCUACGGCCGGUCCGCCUGGCUGGAGGAAAAGUCAACGCUCGGCCUCACGUUCCCCAACCUUCCGUACUACAUCGACGACGACGUUAGGCUGACCCAGAGCUUGGCCAUCCUCCGCUACCUGGGACGAAAGCACGACCUGGCGGCCAGGAAUGAGCAGGAGACCGCAGAACUGGACGUGAUCGAGCAGCAGGCCCGGGACCUGUGCCUCAAGCUGAUCAAUGCGGCCACGCCGAAACCUAAGGACGAGUACGGUCUCGACUCGUACUCCAAAAAGGUGGGCGAUGUCCUGGAGCCCUGGGACGACUUCCUAGCCGCCAGGAAGUGGACGAUGGGGGACAGGUUGACAUACGUGGACUUCCUGCUCUACGAAGGGCUCGACUGGCACCGACAGUUCAAACCAUGGGUUGUGCAAGGCUACAUGAACAUCGUGGAGUAUCUGAAGAGGUUCGAGCAGCUCCCCAACAUCGAGGACUAUUUCACUUCGGACCGCUAUAAAAAAUGGCCUAUCCUGGGCCCCAUGAGGACGUGGGGCUACAAGAAGUAUUCCAAGUGAGACGCGUUGGCUGUUGUAGCUGUUUGCUUCCAAAAUAAAGUGUUCCGGUUAUUUCUUC